UCGUACUUCUACAAAAUUAAUCAUAUACCGUCGUUUUUUUUAUUUUUAAUUUCUUUUUCUUUAAGAUUUUGUUUUUCUUUGUUUUUUUAUGAAUAAUUUUUACAAGCACGUAUUUUAUAUAAUAAAUUUACUAUAUUGAAAUAAAUAAUUAAAUAUUAUUUUUUUUUUCCUGAGUUUUGCUAAUAAUUAUUUAAGCAAAUAUUUAUAAACUAUACUUUUAAUAGAUUUUAAAAUAUAUUUAGAAAACAAAAAUAAAAAAAAAAUUUAUUUCUAAAAAAAAAAGCAAAAAUUUAAAUAGAAGGAAAAAAAAUUAUACUUAUACAUGAUAUUUUUUAUUAUUGUAUAAUUUCUGUGUCGUCAUUCAAAGAACAAUUUAGUGAAAAUUUAAUAUUGCACAUACAUUACUGAAGUGGUAUUUGAUGCUAGUAAACAUGAAGAUUGAUGACAUCCUUUAAGUACAUUGGAAUUUACAUGAAAAGUCUAUAAAAUAAGACACCAAAUUUUCAAAAUAUAUUGAAUAUUUAAAAAUUCAAAUUGAAGACACGAAAAAUGAGUAGGAAUAGUCUGACGAAAAACCAAAAUCCUUGCCAAAUUAUUCUAUUAACCGUAAAGUACUUACACAAGAGGCUGUUAUUGAAGAGACAAGCUAUGAAACACGUUACAAAACCAUUCCAGCUGUACUUAAAAAUUAUUGUAGAAGUUUUAAUUGUAUAAAAUUAUUUCGUGGAUUAAUACCAAUUUUAGAAUGGCUGCCAAAAUAUUCAUUCAAAAAAAAUUUAAUCGGUGAUAUAACUUCCGGAAUCACAGUAUCUGUGAUGCAAAUACCUCAAGGGAUGGCUUAUGGAAUGUUAGCUGGUGUUGAAGCAAAAGUAGGACUUUAUAUGGCGUUCUUUCCAGUUUUAGUUUAUAUGAUUUUUGGUACAUCACGCCAUAUAUCAAUAGGAACAUUUGCUGUUAUAGCUCUUAUGACAUUGAAAGCAGUCCAAACGCAUAGUUCAAUUGACUCUUUCUUAAUCAGCAAUUCAACAAACAUAAUAUCAAAUGGCGAUGUCGAUUCACAAGAAUUCUACAGUCCUAUUCAAGUUGUAACAGCACUUGCAAUUGCAACUAGCAUAAUUCAUUUAGUAAUGGCUAUAUUUAGACUUGGAAAAUUAUCUUCGCUCCUUACUGAUCCACUUGUUAAGGGCUUUACGACAGCAGCAGCUUUUCACGUAGUUACUAGUCAACUUAAAGAUGUCUUUGGUAUUACAAUACCAAGAUUUAAGGGUGCAUUUAAAAUAAUAUACACUUUAAUAGCCGUCAUAGAAAAUAUAUCUGAAAUUAAUGUGGCAACAUUUGUAUUUUCAAUUUGUAUAAUAUUUUUUAUGAUGAUAAUGAAUGAAGUGGCAAAACCUGCGCUAUCAAAACGAUGUAAAUUUCCUUUGCCCGCAGAAUUUAUGGCUGUGCUAGGUGGUACUUUAAUAUCAAAAUAUUCAGGUUUAACAGAAAAAUAUAGUAUAGUAGUUGUUGGAGAAAUUCCAGUUGGUUUACCAGAACCAUUUUUCCCACCACUAAAAUUAAUUAAUAAAUUGUGGAUUGAUGCAAUAGCUAUUUCAAUUGUAAGUUUUUCUGUUGUUAUAUCAAUGGGGUUAUUAUUUGCUAAGAAACAUGCUUAUGAGAUAAAACCAAAUCAAGAGUUAGUUGCACUUGGUCUUGGUAAUCUUGUUGGUGGAUGUUUUUCCUGUAUGCCAAUGUGCUGUUCCUUAUCAAGAUCAUUAAUUCAAGAGCAAACAGGAGGUGAAACACAAAUAUCCUCAUUGAUUGCGGCCUUGCUAAUUUUAUUAAUAUUAUUGGUAAUCGGACCAUUUUUUGAAACGUUGCCAAGAUGUGUUUUGGCUGGUAUCAUUAUUGUUGCGCUUAAAGGAAUGUUUAUGCAAUUUAAGGAAGUUAAAACUUUUGCGAAACAAGGGAAAAUGGAGUUAUUUAUAUGGUUAAUAACAUUUUUUUCUGUAGUCAUAAUCGAUUAUGAUAUUGGUUUGGCAAUUGGAAUAAUUGUGGCUACAGGUGCCUUUUUUUUGAAAAGUAUCAAACCUUACUAUUGUUUGAUGGGAACACUACCGUAUUCAGAAACGGGCGUAUAUGUGUGUUUGGAUCGUCAUAAAAAUGCAGUGGAGCCUGCAGGAAUAAAAAUUUUUCAUUAUUCUGGUUCAUUAAAUUUUGCUACUAUGAGCGGAUACAAAAAAUGUUUAUUUAAAUCAAUUAAAGUAAACAGUACUCAAAUUCGAAGAAAUAGUAUGCUAGGACCAACCGAAAGGGAUAAUUUUUUACCAUCUUUCCAAACACUGGUUAUAGAUUUAGCGGCAGUUGGUCAUUUAGAUGUAGCUGGUUGUCAUGUGUUAACAGAUGUAUUAAAAGAAAUGGAAUUAAUUGGUGUAAGACUAUAUUUAGCAGCUCCAUCAGAUCGUGUUUAUGACACUCUAAUACAUAGUAUGGCUUUAGGAGAAGGUCCAUUUGUGAUAUUACCAACAAUUCAUGAUGCUGUUUUAUUAGGAACUGCUUAUCAUAAUACGUGACAAGAACAAAUACUUAAAAAAAUUUACUUAAUAUUUCCCUACUUAAAAUUUUUUGUAAAUUAAGCUUUACAAAAAUAUAGUAGAUCCGUGUUUAUACUUUAUUUCAUAUUAUUGUUAAUAUUAAUGUUACAUAGUAUUUAGAAAUUUAAAAAAUGUAAUAAAUUUAUUAAUAAGUAAAGUUUUGUUACAAAAAAUAAUUUAAAAUGAAGCUGUUACAGUUUUGAACAAAUUGUAUGGAACAAAAUUAUUG